AUGGCGACAACCGAAGCGGAGCGCGCUGCGAACCUCCAAGAUGCACAGGACAAAGCCGUUCAGCUUUUCAUCGAGAUCGAACGCGAUUUAAUUCGCCCCGGCAUCAGCGAGAAGACACUCAACACCGAGAUUUACGACCUCGGCUUCAAGCGUUACGGCAUUAAAACCCAUUGGCACAAGCGAGUCAUCCGCAGUGGUCCUAACACGUUAUGUCCAUUUUCCGAUAAUCCUCCAGAUCGCAUCAUCGAAGCCGACGAUAUCCUCGUCGUAGACCUGGGGCCCGUCUUCGAAGCCUGGGAGGCUGACUUCGGGCGCACCUACGUCCUCGGAAACGAUCCUCACAAAAUCAAGCUGCGCGAUUCAUUGCAGCCAAUUUGGGACACUGUCAAAGCAAAAUACGACGAAAAUCCCGAUAUGUCUGGGGAAGAACUUUACGACAUUGCAUCUGGGGUUGCGGGGGAAUAUGGAUUCGAUUUUGGAGCUGAUAUUGCGGGGCAUCUGGUUGGCUCUUUCCCUCACGAGCGGAUUCCGAAGGACCGAACUACACUUUACAUUACCAAGGGCAAUAGCGAGACUAUGAACAAACCGGGCAAGGAUGGAUUCAAACGCCACUGGAUCUUGGAGAUUCACCUCCGCAAUACUGAGCUUGGAUUUGGCGGUUUUACUGAACAAUUGUUGACAGUAGGAUGA